AUGUCGCCAAAAACGCGAGCUGACGUCGUCGAAGAGAUGAAGGAACCAAGGACCGAGAAGGAGAAGAAGCGGAAGAGCGAGAGUGAAAAGAAGAAGCUCGUCUGCCAAAGUCAGCGCCGAUUCCGAUGCCUCGUGGGGGGUUUCCAAAGCCCUUGCGCAACCUCGCGAGGUUUUGAUGAUGAGAGAGUUUUGGUUGGAUGUAGCCAGCAGGAGAGUCGUCGGAGCUCAGCACAACUCGGGAAGCUUUUUGGGACGCUCGAGCCUUCUGUGGGCCGCUGGAAGGUUAGCGGCCUCGGUGGAAUCCAGUGGACCGUGCGCGCUAUGACGACUGGCCUGGUUCCUGCGCCAAAAGCGGCCCCACGGCUCGGCAGUACGGCAGCGUGUGCUGGAGAGCGCACUACGGCCGAUGUACACUGUACGUACCUGUCCAUUAAUGUGUAUGCCCUCUACCUGCUCACACAUGCUCCUAUUCCACUGUCUUAG